CGCACAGCUUCAUUUUUCGACCAUAACUUUUGAAUCAGCCUUCCACUUUUAUUCCCCUUUUAUGUCCAUUUUUAUCCUCACUCUCCAUCAGCACCGCCUUAGUACAACGUCAGAAACCGAGUAGAUGACCAUGCCAAAACCUCCCCCAUGCGACGCCUGCGCCCUCCGUCGGGUCAAAUGCGACACCUGCAACCCAUGUACCUGGUGCCUCAAACAUGACCAACCAUGCACAUACCUCCGGGUCCGCAAACGCCGUGGACCCAAGGGCCCCAGGCCCUCGACAAUAGUCAGGGUUGCCGAGCAGCGAACACUGUCGCCACGGAUGGACGAAUCUUCCCUUGCUUCUGUGCCGGUUAGUUCGACAGUUAAUACCCCAGCGACACCGAGCAGUGGAUCUGGAUAUACCAGCCGGAUCCCACUAGCGCAAUACUUCACGUACCUGGACAUGUACCAGUCGAAGCUCUACGCGAUCUGGCCGGUCGUCGCGGCCGAGAAUCUCAAGGCGAGGUUAUGCGACGAAACACAUAUCGAACCGGAUGUUCAUGCUCUUGCGGCUGCAUUGAGUGCAGCGACGAUUCUCCAACUGCGACUGCUGGAUGCAGAGUCUGAUAGUAUCUCGGCUGCUGCUACGAGUGAAGCAUUUGUGCGGGAAUGUCUGCGGCAUCGGAAUACCUUGACAUCCUCAAAUACGAUAUCAACGAAUUUGCUUUUGAUAUCGCUCUUCUUGCACAUGUACUAUGCGAAUACAGGGCAGAUUCACGCGGCAACGUUUGCGCUGCGCGAUGCGAUUACGUACGUCCAUCUCUUGCGACUCGACGAUGAAGACACGCUGGACUCGCUACCGGUUGAGGAGAGAGAAGUUGGGAUUCGGAUCUUCUGGGUGCUUUUCGUAACUGAACGAACAUUCUGCAGCACGCACGGAAUCCCGAUCCUGCUACAGAAGAUAUCCUAUCUCCCCGACCCAACGCAAGAAAUGAACAACGGCAUCUGCUCGAUAACCGGCUUCUGCUGCCUCGUGCGCCUCUUCACACUCGCCGAGUCGCUUCUUCCGUCCAAGACGAAAGCCAUCGAGCGUCCACAGGAGAAGGGAGAGUUGCGGUUACUCUACCAGGAUAUCACCUCGAAUUCCGUGACUGUGGGGCAGGGGCAUGAACAGGGACAGGGCUGUACGAGUUUAAGCAUGGUGACCCUGCAAGAGGUCGAUAUACAGACAACCAGAGCGUGGCUCCAGUCACUUCUCUGGCAGCGCGCGUUGUCGAACUUCUUACUGGACUCGCAUGCGCGCGAGGCCCAGUUUACACCAGAGUUUCCGUUGACUCUUGCGAAGGGGUUGUUGGGGUUUCUUUCGAGGAUUCCGCUCGAGUCUAUCCGGCCGCAUGCUUAUGCUAUGGUACAUAUUUGCCCUACAUCCUACUACCAUAAACACCCCAUCAUUUGA